AUGGGCGACCCAGGACCAGAACAACCAGAAUGCAUAAUCAAGACUGACCUUUCUCAGUAUGCUCGCCGAAGAGCAACUGACGGGCCGUAUGCCGAUAAUCUGGACUUGGACGUCCUGAUUGUUGGAGCUGGUUUCAGUGGAGUCUAUAUGCUCUACGAAAUGCGCAAAUAUGGCUAUAAGACCGUGUUGUACGACGCGGGCCUAGGCUAUGGUGGCACGUGGAGAUGGAAUUGCUAUCCAGGAGCAAGAGUUGACAGCCCGGUUCCCAUCUACCAACUCAACAUCCCAGAAGUUUACAACACAUUCUCGUUCACCACAAACUACCCAGAUUGGAGAGAACUUCAAUCGUACUUCGACCACGUGGACAAAGUUUGCAACCUCAGCAAAGAUACCGCGUUUGAAACAGUGGUAACUUCCGCAGAGUACGACGAGAAAGCUGCAAAAUGGACAGUCAAGACAGCGGACGGCCGAACCGUGAAGACUAGAUUUUUCAUUGUGGCUGCGGGAUUCGCUGCAAAGCGUUACAUCCCACAGUACAAGAGCAUGGACAAAUUCAAGGGAGUUGUUCAUCAUUCUUCGUUCUGGCCACCCGAAGAUGUGGAUGUUAAGGGCAAGCGUGUAGCCGUGGUCGGAACGGGCGCUUCAGGUGUUCAGAUUGCUCAGGAGUGGGGUCCAAUCGCUGAUCACUUGACGUUAUUUCAACGAACUCCCAACCUUGCUCUUCCGAUGGGCAAGAGACCGAUGUCGAAGGAGGAACAAGAUGCACUCCGACCAGCGUAUAGUCAGAUGAUGGAUCUUCGUGAACGAUGCUUCGCUGGGUUCUUGUACGAUUUCAACGAGAAGAACACUUUCGACGAUAAUGAGGAAGAGAGAGAAGCGCUUUUCGAGAAACUCUGGAAGCAACAAGGCUUUGCGUUGUGGCUGGGUGGUUACAAGGACUACUUGUUCGAUAUGAAGGCAAACCGCGAGGCAUACAAUUUCUGGGCGAAGAAGCAACGUCAACGGAUAAAGAACCCCGCCAAACGUGAUUUGCUCUGUCCUCUUGAACCUCCUCACGCUUUCGGUAUUAAACGACCAUGCUUGGAACAAAACUACUACGAAGUCCUUGACCGAGACAAUGUGGACAUCGUAGACAUCUCACUCAAUGGCGGCAAUGAGAUUGUCGAAUUCACCGAGAAUGGCAUGAAGACAUCCGAUGGCAAGGUCCACGAAGUUGACGUUGUAGCUCUCGCCACAGGAUUCGACAUCACGACCGGUGGAAUGACCAGCAUGGGACUAAAGAGCAUCCAUGGCACCUAUCUGAAGGAUGAAUGGAAAGCCUCCGCCAACACCUACCUCGGCACCACUAUCUCUGGAUAUCCCAACCUUUUCCAUCUCUACGGUCCCCACGGCCCAACUCUGCUCUCCAACGGUCCCAGUAGUCUCGAAAUUCAAGCUCGCUGGAUCCGUGAUGCGAUUGUGUUGAUUGAUCGACAGGGUCUCAAGUCCAUCGAAGCGACUCCGGAGGCGAUGAAGGAAUGGAAGCAGAGGAUCAAUGAUAUUUCUAAUGCGACGUUGAUGCCAACAACUAAGAGUACGUAUAUGGGUGGUACUGUUCCGGGGAAGGCGUUCGAACAGGUCAAUUAUGCGGGAGGUGUUGGUCAGUAUCGUGAGGAGAUUCGGAAGGUGUUGGAUGAUUGGAAGGGGUUUAAGACGAUUCCUAUUACAGCUUAGUAGAAUCUUAUUAUUUAUUUCUAAUGUAGCUUAUCUAUUCCAU